GAACGAACUUUCCUUCUUCGUGAAGGCGCCUGUAUAUUUAUUGUCUCCAAGCUCUUCUUCCUCCCAAAUGGAGCCUUUAAACCGUCCACGCUGAGACCUUCCUUUCUGCCUACGAUGGGUUCGGAAUCUUCUGAAGUCUAUUCGCUGAUCAGUCGACGACGCUUCUCGCAGAUGGCUGUACUAGAGGGUCAAAAUAUCCUGGUGACUAUCUCGGGUCGCAAGAACCGCCUCCGGGUCUACUAUCUCUCAUGGCUUAAGAGCAAAAUCAUGAAAUCUGAGGGUUGUGACAAGAAGAAUGGUUGGGUAAAUGUGGGCGAGAAUUUGCACGGCGCGGUCACUUUCAAAAUCGUGAAGUAUGAUAACAUCAAGUUCCUUGUCAUCGCCCUUCGUGACUCCGUGGAGAUAUACGCGUGGGCGCCUCGACCUUACCACAAAUUCAUGGCUUUCAAGCUCUUCUCCUCGUUGCACUUUCGUCCUCUGCUCGUGGAUUUGACAGUGGAGGAGAAUCAACGGCUCAAAGUCAUCUACGGCUCUGAGGCGGGCUUCCAUGCCAUCGACCUCGAUACCAACACCGUCUUUGACCUCUACCUCUGUCCCAAGCCCAAUCGUGGAACCAUCACUCCCCAUUGUAUAGUCGUUCUGCCGAAUACUGAUGGACUGCAGCUUUUGCUCUGCUAUGACACCGUUCUGCUAAUCCACUGUCAGACUAACGUCACUGAUGUUGCAGCGGAGGGCGUGUACGUGGACACAAGUGGGAAAAUGACGAAGAACGUGGUAAUUCAGUGGGGUGAGUCUCCCACCUCCGUGGCCUACAUACCAUCCUCGGGCCAGUUGCUGGGUUGGGGUCUGCGCGCCAUCGAGGUGCGCUCUGCGGAGACCGGCCACCUUGAUGGUGUCUUCAUGCACAAGCGUGAGCAGCGUUUCAAAUUCCUCUGCGAGCGUAACGACAAGGUCUUCUUCUCCAACACCCGAUCCGGAUCGCCACAGGUUUCAAUGAUGACCUUGAGUGGUAUCCACUGGUGA